AUGACCGUCAAGAAAUCGAAUCGAUGUGGAGGUUGGGCAGCAAUCGUCGCAAGACAGAAAUUGCAUAAUGCGAAACAAGAGUUAGAUGUUGUUAACAUAAAUAAACAGACAACACAUGAUGAUUACAACACAAUCGUUGGGUUCAACGAGAAAGACCAAUUACAAUUACGAACUAGAGAAGAGGCAAUUGAAGAUGACAAACAAAAACUUAUCAAAGAUUACAAUUUCAAAACGAAUAAAUAUGAGAAUAUCGCCAUUGAUGACAUUAUUACAUGCGUCAAUAUUGAAAAUUUCCCGAAUUGCGAAAACACUCUAGUCUUCUACGUAAAUAAAAAUAUAAAUAAAGAAGCUAUAGCGCUCAAAUUUGAAAAUGAGCAAGACUUUAAAAGAAUAUACUUCACAUAUAAAUACUUUAAAAUGCGGAAUAGGCUUACUACAAAUUACACAAGCAGUGAUAGCCUCUUUUCAAAAAAGAAUCUAAAAAAUAGAAAAAACAGCAUGGAGGACUAUGGAUUUUUUGAUAAAAAGCUUGAAUAUGACGUGAAACAGAUAGAGCAUGAUGGGGUCACCCAUAUAUCAGUUCAACAAAAAGGCUUCAAUUCAAAAUAUGACCAACCCUUAAGUUUAAUUGGUAUAAGAAACGAUGUUGACGCUGGUGAAAUAGAUAGUAUAAUAUACACUGAUAUAGAAAUUCCAGCAAAGCCUCAAAAGAAAAAGUUAUUUAAUAAGAAAGCUAAGGCUCCAUCACCUCCAAUACUAACAAAAGAAACGCCGAAGGUAUUAAAAGGCGAAUUUGUUAGAGUGAACGUCGACAGAUCACCAGAUGUUGUUCCUAAAGAUUUUAAACAGAAUAAAAUUCCUGAUAUCCUUAUAUUUAGGGAUAAGUCAAAACGAGGCAGUCCGACAAGUAAUCUGUGGUCUACAAAUAAAGUGAACACGGGCUAUGACUCCGAUUGCGAGGAAUGGAGAAGCAGCCGGUCCCAGUUCUCAACGACAGCGUUUGACAGCCUCGCCCGCCCCACCAAAACUGCAAUGGCUCUAACCCUCAGGAAACCACAGCGAGUAGAACCGGUCCCUCAAUAUUACCGCCUAAACGACACAUCCAAACUAACACCCCUCCAAUUCCGACCGAACAAUUUCCUCCCCCGACCUCCGAGACUACCUAGAGCCAGCACAGACAAAAGAAACCUGAUAGAUCAUAGGAUGUACACCUCUUUACAAAACCUGGAGAUGCCAAAGAAACUAAGCGAGCCAAAAAAGCAAAGUGAAAAGAAGAACUACUCAAAUAUUUCCAACAAGAUAACUGGACUGACUAAUAAAUUGAGAGAUUUCGGUAAUGGCAACACCAUUGGAAGGUUUAAAGCCCAAUCGCACAGCGACGUAGCUAAUUUAAAGCCAGUAUUAAAAAGUCAUGAUGGAGCAAAGCGAUCCGUUGUUCGGACGUGCAGUGCUGAGCCACCAAAGAAAGUUACAUUCAGCGCGUUUGCAACUGUCCAAGUCGUCUGA